CACUGAAGACACAAAGUGUUUGUCAUAUUAAAACACAUUAUUAGUCACUGAACUGUUUACACACAGCUGGACUAUCCUUUUGUUUACUACACAUCGAUAUUGAUUGAUCAAGUAGAAAGCUGAACUUCUGUCAAAAAAUGGCAAUUGUUAUGUUGUUAGCUGGCGGAGUGGGUAUAAUUCAAUUUUCCUUUAUUAUCAGCACAAUCCAGAAAGCUUUUCCAGGUCUAGCAAAGUACAAAGCUUUUCGACAAACCAUCCGAUUCAUUCUUGUCAGUCCCAUUAUCCUAAUGGUCCUAUCAGCUACUGGGCUAUUUUUCCUAAUAUUUCUGUCAGAUAAUGUUGACAAACCGUACACAUCUAGAGAGAGGAUUAUUUUAAUCGCUACAGCUUGCUAUCUCUGGUUAAAUGCCACGUUCAAUUAUUUUGCGGCGAUUCUGAAGUCUCCUGGAUAUCUGUUAAUGGCGUCUGAAACGGAGGAAAACGGUUUCAAAAUGGACGAAGGUAGUGUCCUUUGUUGUAAAUGCGAUCGAAUGAAAUCAAUUGACACCCACCACUGUACCACGUGCGGAACAUGCGUUACCAUGAUGUGUCAUCACUGUCCAUUUACAAGCAACUGUGUUGGCCUAAACAAUUAUUCAUAUUUUUCGCUAUUUAUCUGUUAUAGUAACAUUGGUUUACUAUUUGCAAUGUACAUGACAUAUGAACCAUUUUACCAAUGCACGGUACCUACAAGUGAUCACUUGGGCACCCUGUCAUGGUACCAUAAUGGUAUUUGCAAAAAGCUUGGUGACUUUGCCAUCUUGUUUAUUCCUUUCGUAUUCAUGGCAAUGUUUUGUGGUUCAAUGCUCCUGUUACAGUCUUUGCUUCUGGCAACCAAUUGCUCAACUAUUGAACUUCUCACCAAAAUGCAGAGAUCUCAAAAUCCCACAGAUAUCAUUCAAUUCAUCGUUAAGCAAAUUUGUAAAAGCAAAAGAAGUCAAUUGAGGUGAUGUUUUGGCAUUCACAUAAACAUUGGUGACAGUUCCUCGUUCCAGCAUUUAGUGUACCCAUACAACAGAAGGAAAGACUAAAUCUUGUUGUUUGAUCACCAGUCCAUUUAAGAAUGAUUGUGUACUUUAAUUCACAUUUUUAAUAGAGUACAACAUAGAGCAGGGAUGUGAGAGCUCAAUACUUGGAGGAUGUGGUCAAUAAUCAUACACUUCCAUAUUAUGGUCCUUUGACAUGCAUUGUUUCCUACAGAUUAUAACAUGCAUACAUGAAUAUAGGCCCGAGACAAUUAUUGAGCUCGCUACAUACAUGUUGUGGAAAUUUAGCAUUCACAAGUUGUAAUACAAAGUAGUUAUGUUGUAAUGAGUGAGGUUUAUGCUAAGUUAACACAGCUUUUGUGCUCAUGUUAUUGAUAUUUACUGACAGUCAGUAGAAAGUAUUUAUAAAGCUUUUAUUUAUAAAAUGUAAUUUCAAUGUGUACAAUACGUAGAUAUUAAAUGUACUAUAGAAUGAAGUAUUAAUUUAUGAAAUAGAGAUUCACCAAACAUUAAUAAAACAUCAUUAUACAUGUAUAGACAAUAUCAAACUUAAUGGUAUUUAAAUGAUUAGUUCAAUAACAAAGACAGAGGU